AUCUUUGUGAUUUAUUAAAAAAAAAAAAACUCUCUAAGAAAUUUAUUCGAGAAUCAAAUUGAAAAGGAAAUAAAAUCAAUGUUAACUUAUGGCAAAAAACAGCCAACAAUAAUGUGUCAUUUUUGUGCACCGCUUUUUUCAUUUGGAAAAGGAGAAAAUUGUUUGACCACCCUUCCUUAUCUUUCUAGUCUUUUCCUUUUGAAAAGCAUCAAAAAUGGGUUAGGCCAAUAAAGAAAAAGAAAACCGUUUUUUAUUUUAUUUUUGGACAUGUUGAAAACAAACUUGAUGUGAUGCAGAGAUUUUUCAGGUUUAAAUGCUCUAUUUUUGAUCAUUUUGUAGUCAUUAUCCAUUCAUCAUAUUUGCAUUUGUCACUAAGUAAUACGGUGUUUGCCAUGUUAAAUUGGGUCACUAUUGUAUUUUCGUGACACCGAUCUUAAUGUAAAAUUGGGUCACUAUUGUAUUUUCGUGACACCGAUCUUGUGACUUUUUUUUCCCUUGAAUUUCUCAUAGGUAAACCUUUUAUUUUCUUAGGAAAAUUGUGCCUUGUUAAAAUUAAUUUGAAAUGGAAAAUAAAACACAUGGAAAUCGUACUCUUUGUCCAAAACGACAUAAAAUCAAGCAUGAUAUUAAUGGUUUUGAGCACGUGAAAUAAUCAUUUAGGGUUUUUUUUUUUUUUUUUUUCUUCCUCCUGGGAGGGGGUAGGUUUAAUUUGGUGUCACGUUUUCCAACCCAUGCAUGUAUGACACGAGAAAUGCGACCUAUUCUCUUGCACUACGUGAAGCAAAAUAACAUCAAUACAUGUGAUAUUUUAAUACCCACAAAAUUCUUCAUAAAUGGUUGAUGGAGACAAAUAAAAUGAUGAAAAUAUAUAAAGUUCCAAAAUCUACUUUUGAAGGCUUUGAAUCAAGCUCGGCUAGAAGCAAACGUGAGAGUAAUUGGGAAAGCGAGCUACAGGGGAAAAUGGCCUAGCCCUUAUGUUAUUGCUUCAGGACUGUUGCUCUCGCUGUCAUUUUUGAAGUACGUAUACCACCCUUUCCAAUGGCUAGCAGUUGCAGCGGUUGCUGUUGGUAUUUGGCCUAUUCUCAUGAGGGGUGUAAUUGCAAUCAGAAAUUUUACCCUCGAUGUCAACAUUCUUAUGCUCAUAGCAGUGGUAGGCACCCUUGUGAUGAGAGAUUAUACAGAAGCUGGUACUAUAGUUUUUCUUUUCACCAUCGCGGAAUGGCUUGAAUCAAGGGCUAGUCAAAAGGCAACCGCGGUUAUGUCAUCACUUUUGAGCAUGACACCUCAACAAGCAACUAUAGCAGAAACAGGAGAAGUUGUGAAUGUGAAAGAUGUUAAGCUGAGUACUGUUCUGGCUGUUAAGUCGGGAGAACUUAUACCAAUCGAUGGAGUAGUUGCGGAAGGAACUUGUGAAGUAGAUGAGAAGACUUUAACUGGGGAAUCAUAUCCUGUUCCCAAGCAAAAGGAUUCUACCGUUUGGGCAGGAACUGUUAAUGUAAAUGGUUAUGUCAGCGUAAAAACAACUGCCUUAGCCGAGGAUUGUGCAGUCGCAAAAAUGGCAAAGCUAGUAGAAGAAGCUCAAAACAAUAAAUCUAGUGUUCAGAGGCUAAUUGAUAGAUGUGCAAAAUAUUAUACACCAGCUGUUGUUUUAAUAUCAGCUGGUAUAGCUGUAGUUCCUGUUGCAAUGAAACUUCAUGACAAGAAGCAUUGGUUUUACUUAUCACUGGUAGUUUUAGUAAGUGCAUGUCCUUGUGGACUUAUCCUUUCGACACCAGUUGCAACUUUUUGUGCACUUUCAAGAGCAGCUACUUCAGGGCUUCUGAUAAAAGGGGGAGAUUACCUUGAAAUUCUUGCCAAAAUUAAACACAUCGCCUUUGAUAAGACUGGAACUAUAACAAGAGGUGAAUUCACCUUGAAAGACUUUCGUUCACUUGCUGAUGAUGUUACUCUGACAACUCUAGUAUACUGGGUGUCAAGUAUCGAAAGCAAGUCCAGCCAUCCUAUAGCAGCUGUACUUGCUGAUUAUGGGCGACCUCAAGGCAUUGAACCGAAGCCUGAAAAUGUGGAAGACUUUCAGAAUUUUCCAGGAGAAGGGGUUUUCGGGAAGAUUGAUGGAAGGGAAAUAUACAUUGGAAACCAGAAGCUAGGCCGAAGGGCCAACUGUACAGUAGCUUCAAAUAUUGUUCAUGGUGAUGAUAGUAUAAAGGAAGCGCGAACUUGUGGUUAUGUGUACUCUGGAGGGGUUCUUAUUGGGACUUUCAGUCUCUCAGAUGACUGUCGAUCAGGAGCUGCUGAAGCAAUCAGAGAGCUGAAAUCAAUGGGCAUAAAGACUGCUUUGCUCACUGGAGAUACCCGGUCUACAGCGAUGCGUGCACAAGAGCAGCUCGGAAAAACUUUAGAUGCAGUUCAUGCAGACCUUCUGCCUGAGGACAAGGCAAGAAUCAUAAAGGACUACAAGAAAGACGGACCCACAGCUAUGGUUGGCGAUGGUGUUAAUGAUGCUCCUGCAUUAGCUACUGCAGAUGUGGGUAUCUCAAUGGGAGUUUCAGGCUCAGCGCUGGCAACAGAGACAGGGCAUGUGGUUCUCAUGUCAAAUGACAUUAGGAAAAUACCGAAAGCUAUUAAGCUAGCAAGAAAAACCCGGAGAAAAGUGAUUGAAAACAUAUUUAUCUCUAUCAUUACAAAGGCUGGAGUCAUUGCUUUUGCCAUUGCAGGACACCCACUCGUCUGGCUGGCAGUUCUAGCUGAUGUCGCGACAUGCUUGGUUGUGAUCUUCAACAGCAUGCUUCUCCUACGGGGGUCAAGUCAUACCCAUGGCAGUAGCCGAUGCUUUGGGAUGUUCUCAUCAUGUCAUUCUCAUAAGACAGAACUCCAUCAUUCUAAAACAAGUCAGCAAUGUUGCUCCAAAACUGCAGUGCCUCAUUGCUCGGCUACUCCUUGUCACACAGCUAAACCUAAGUCAUGUGGGUCCUCAAAAUGUUCUUCUCAGAGUCACUCGGCUACUCCUUGUCUGGCGAUUAAUACCAAGGCAUGUGGUCCAGCAAAAUGUUAUUCUCAGAGUCACUCGGCUACUCCUUGUCAGACAACUAAUACUAAGUCAUGUGGUCCUGUAAGAUGUUCUUCUCAGAGUCACUCGGCUAUUCCUUGUCAACCGACUGACACCAAGUCUUGUGGGCCUGCAAAAUGUUCUUCUCAGAGUCAAUUAGCUAAUCCUUGUCAGACGACUAAUCCUGACUCGUGUGAAUCUGCUAAAUGUUCAGAGAGUUGCGCGCCUGCAUGUCAGACUACCGGCAGUACAUCCUAUUCCAGUGUUAGUUAUGUGGAUCCAAUUGUCGGAGCACAUGUAUCUGAAUGCUGUCAACCAACUAAUCAACCGCAUUGUCAUGCAGAUGUUCAUGACACACAUGAUAAACACUGUCAUUCUGCAGAUGCUCAUGAUACACAUGAUACACACUGUCAUUCAGCAGAUGCUCAUGACACACAUGAGAAACACUGUCAUUCUCCUGAACGCGCAUCAGAGUGUGAGUCCAACGACCCACAUAGCUCAAGUUGUUGUGAAGGGAACGUAUGUUCUGAUGACGAUCAUUGCCUUGACUUGCUUGAAAGCCAGGCUAGUUCAUGUAUCAAACAUGAUCACUUGGAUUCGGCAGAGCAUCAUCAUUUGGGGGUACAUGCACAUCAUCAUUCUGAACAGAAGAGUUCAUGUUGUGAAGUCAAUGAUGGGACAAAUAAACUGAAAUGCCUAGACACAAAAGAGAUAAGUCCUGUACAGUCAAGUUCUGUUAUUGAUGUGCUGCACAGCAAACAUAUGGACUCGAAACAUGAACAUUGCUCAAAAUCCCAUGAUGUUCAUGUUACACAUCAUCAUCACCACCAUCACCGUGUUUUGUCACAUGGAUCAGGCCAUGCUAACGCAGUUGCCAAACACGCAUGUAGCAGUUUGAGAAAGAGGGAGGUUGGGGCAUGUUGCAAGAGCUUCAGGAAGGAGUGUUGCAGUGGUCCACAGGGUCAUAUUGGACCUGCUUUUGGAGGGCUUACAGAAAUUGUAACAGAAUAGUACGUGUGUUGUGUGUAGAGUAAAAUGGGGUAAGAAAACUCUUUUUUUUCGUUUCUUUUUUUUUAGGGGAUGGGUGUGAGACAAUGAGAGCUAUGACAUUCAACCUUAAUUUUCUAUAUAAAGUUGAAAAUUUAGUUGUUUUUUUAGGUAGCCCCCUUUUUUGGGCAAGUUAACCAGGGGAACAAUUCUAACAAGUAAAUUUGGAGGAGCAAGUUCAGAUGGAAGCUGCUGCAUCCUGACCUGAUUUCUCA